GUCUACAAGGCAAAUAUUCACUAUGUUCUCGUGCGCUCUACUCUUCGCAAUUUAUGCUGUUGUUGCCUCGGACGAGGCUGGUUCCCGGGUUUUGAGUAAACCACUUGGUAUGACGUCGAGAAUUAUAAAUGGUAUUGAAGCUACACCAUACGAGUUUCCCCACCAGGUGGCUCUCCUAUCAAUGAAUGCUAAUGGAGGCGGCUCACACAUGUGUGGUGGAUCUGUAAUCGCACAGGAUUGGGUGAUUACAGCGGCCCACUGUGUUGAAGGAAGACCUGAAGCUUCGUUGGCGGUUGUGGUUGAUCUACACGAUUAUACAAACCCUGGAAACUAUAUCUGGUUUGACAUCGCCGAAAUCAUUAUGCAUAAAGACUACAACAAAGGAACUGGCGGUUUCCCGAAUGAUGUGGCCCUCCUUCGAUUAGUACCGCACGGACAAGAUAUCACAAAAAACAUCAUCAAGAUUGCAAAAGGAACCAAUGAUUAUGCUGGCCAGAUAUGUACUAUCAGUGGUUGGGGCGUCAAAGUUGAUGGAUCUGGUGCUUCGAAACUGAAGAAAGCUGACGUAUCUGUCUUAACCAUGAAUCAAUGUGUUAGCUACUGGGGAGAUAGGAACAUUCUUAACCAACAUGUUUGUGUCAAAGGGUACGAUACCACCGAAGGAAGCGGAUCUUGUAAUGGGGACAGCGGCGGACCAUUAGUCUGUGGAAAUGAACUCGUUGGUGUAACAUCUUGGGGAUUCUCCGGAUGUCACCAAAACGGUGUUGUGACACACCCAAGUGUGUACGCUCGUGUUUCCUACUUCUAUGACUGGGUGAACGCUAACUGUGGAAACUGCAAUGUCUAGAUUACUUGUUUAUUUCUUGUUCUUGUACAAUUGAAAUAAAAAGCAAAGUUACCCCAUUGAUGAUAAUGAUUUGCAAGCAAAUA